CACCGCAGCAGCAGCAGCAACCACUGCUGGCAGCCCUGAAGGUGGCCAAACAAAUUGAGAUGGUAGCCAAGGCAAAGCAGCAGCAGCAGCAGCAGCAUCAGCAGCAGCAGCAGCAGCAGCAGCAUCAUCAUCAGCAGCAGCAGCAGCAGCAUCAACAGCAGCAGCAGCAGCAACAACAACAACAGCAGCAGCAGCAGCAGAAUUAUGCCAUGAAUGGGAUGCCCAUGAACCACCCACGAAUGAUGGGGCCGAUACAGGGCCAGAUGCAGAUGAUGCAGGGUCCGCGGGGUCCUCAGGUGAUGCAGGCUAUGCAGCAGGGCCAGUGGGGUCCAGGAAUGCAGAAUCCCAUGCAAAAUCCCAUGCAGAAUCCCCAGGGUCAUCCGUCACAGGUCCCUCCUCAACAAGGCCCCAUGGCCUCUCAGCAGGCUCAGGGAACUCCUAUGCCCCAGCAGGGCCAGCUGAUGCAGAGACCCAUAAUGCCUCAGCAACAGGGUCUCCAAAUGCCUGGGAUCAUGCCUCCCCAAGGGCCCUCACAGCAAGGCAUGACACCACAGCAGCAAAACAUGCCCCGGGGAAUGCCUGGAAACAUUGCUCCAAGUGCCCUGCAGGACUUGCUGCGAACCCUCAAAUCUCCCAGCUCCCCUCAGCAGCAACAGCAGGUUCUCAACAUCCUCAAGUCUAACCCCCAACUCAUGGCCGCAUUCAUUAAACAAAGGACAGCGAAGUACCAGGCCAACCCGCCACAGCAGCAGAUGCAGCAGCAGAACCCUCAGGCCAUGCUAGGGUCUCAGGCAGGAAUGCAGGCCAUGGCAGCCAUGGCAAACCAGGUGCAGAGGCCAGUGAUGGCACCCCAGCAGCAGCCUCCUCAGCAAGUAGGGCCCCAAAACAUGGCACCCAUGGGCCCCCAAGGUCAGAUGAUGAACGCUGCUCAAAAUGGCAAUCCCCAGCUGUACCGUAGACAACAGCUGCUCCGGAUGCAGCAGGCGCAGCAGCAGCAGCAGGCACAGCAGCAGCAGGCACAGCAGCAGCAGGGAGGAAUGCCUCAGAGCCAUAGUCAGUUCCCUCAGCAGCAGUCAGGGCCAGCUAGCUACUCCCAGCUUCGUAUGCAGCAAAUGGCUAUGCAAGGAGGUGGGGGCCCCAUGGGCCAGCUCCCUCCCACAUCCCAAAUGGGCCAACCUGGCAUGGGCAUGGAUGGGGCUCAGAAUCUCCUCCAGCAGCGCAUGCUUCAACAGCAACAGCAGAUGUUGAAGCAGCAGAUGGGUUCUCCAGCGCAGGCAAACUCGAUGAGUCCUCAAUCACACAUGCUCCAAGGCCAAGCCCAGGGAGGAGCUCAUCUACCUGGCCAAGUAAUGGCAAACUCAUUAGGAAACCAAGUCCGCUCCCCAGCCCCAGUGCAGUCGCCCCGUCCACCUUCGCAGCAGCCCCCGCAUUCCAGUCCAUCCCCACGAAUACAGCCGCAGCCUUCGCCCCAGCACGGCGCCCUCCACUCCAGUUCUCCUCACCCCAGCCUUGGAGGCCCCAUGUCAGGCUCCAUGGAGCAGGGACACAUGGGAACACCAGAGCAGAGUGCCAUGCUGCCGCAGCUUAACACACCAAAUCGAGGGGGGUUAAGUAAUGACAUGGGUAUGGUGGGUGACACGACGGGAGACACGUUGGAGAAAUUUGUUGAAGGAUUGUAGCAUUUCAUGACAGAAGGCCUUGUUCUGUUUUCAGCUGAGAAGAUUUUGUACUUGCUGAUGUAAAAAGCGAAAAAAAACAAACUAAUGAGUCAUAUGAGGCCUACGGACUGUGAACUUUCCUGAAACCAAGGGACUGCUUUUUCUUCCAACACAGAGUGAUUUAAUAGUUGCUGUUGAAAAGAAGACAACAAAGACACAAAGAAUAUAUUUUUGGUUCCAGACCAGCCAUGCAAGAAUUUGCCCUGGUCUUUGUGUUGUUUUAAUUUGUUUUUCAUUUGUUAUGCUCUGGUAUUGACUUUUUUAACAAAACUUCUCAAAACAAAAAAUAUUUCAAUUUAUUAUUCUUUUUUUAUUUUGUACCUUUGCAAAUUAAUAUCGUAUUUGUGUUGAGAAGACUGUAAAAUUAUUUGCCUGGGGAAUUUUUUGCCAGGUUUCACCUCUUGCUCAAUUUCUCUUGUUCCUGGCUAAUUUAUUCUAAUAUGCCAUUUUUCAAAAGGACUGCCUUUGGGAAAGCCUUAAUUUCUUUCCUGUUUGCAGAGUCUAUGGGAGAUUAACGUAUUUGUAUAGAUCUAGGAACUAUUGCACACACCCAAACACAACAUGCAGGUGUAAGAAAAACUUGCAUUGAAGCUUGUAAUGUUCACAGGUGCCAGAAUGUUCAGUUUACUGGCCCGGGCCCAGUAUUUGUCUUGCAGAUAUUUAAAAGAAAUUGCUUUGUCUCUCCUUCAGUAUAAAGAAAUUCUCAUUAAGUACUGAACCUCUUUUGCCUGUGGUGGGAAAUUAAUUUGUUUGACUGCUGAUUUGUAUUCAGAGAGAGUUUUGUGCAUCAUUGUCUCUCUUGCAUUAAACUUGAAUUGAUGAACUGUUCCCUAAUGUAAAUCAUGCAGCUAGACAGUACUGUAAAUAUGCAGAAAAUAAGAAUGAAAUCACUGUACAAACUGGUUCAAAUGGCUCAUUUCGUACUUAUAUACCAUAUUGUUAAAUAAACCUGUGUGCCACAGA